GAGAGUUUCCUUAAGCCUCCGUGCACCGGCGCGCGUGCGCGUGGCCUCUCGUCUGCCCGUCUUUUUUUUCCUCCCCCCCCAAAGCUCGUCACGCAUGCGCCUUUUGCUCUUUUCGUCCCCCCACCCCUCCAUCCCUUCCCACUUGUCUCUCCCCUUUGGCGGCCCGGGCUGGUGUUGGGGGCGGACUCGGUUUCCCGCUUCCGGUGUGGUGUCAUGGUGGCCGGUGGGCUUUGAUGGCUGAGAAGGCGGCGGAGGAGGAGGAGGGGAGCUGAGAGCUCGGCGGCUGCACGGAGCCGAAGGGCAGGGGGCGCCGGCCGGACCCUUCUUGUCCCCGUCUCCCCUCUCGGCCUGGCGGGCGGCGGGAGAUGGCGGCCCACAAGCCGGUGGAAUGGGUGCAGGCUGUGGUGAACCGCUUCGACGAGCAGCUUCCGAUCAAAACCAGCCAGCAGAAUACUCACACCAAAGUCAGCACGGAACAUAACAAGGAAUGUCUCAUCAACAUUUCCAAGUAUAAGUUCUCUCUGGUUAUCAGUGGCCUCACAAAUAUCUUAAAAAAUGUUAACAACAUGAGAAUAUUUAGUGAAGCUGCUGAAAAGAACUUGUAUCUUUCUCAGUUGAUUAUUUUGGAUACACUGGAAAAGUGUCUCGCUGGGCAACCCAAAGACACCAUGCGGCUGGAUGAGACAAUGUUGGUCAAGCAACUGUUGCCAGAGAUCUGCCAUUUCAUCCACACCUACCGUGAAGGGAAUCAACAUGCUACGGAGCUACGCAAUUCUGCCUCAGGGGUUCUCUUUUCUCUCAGCUGCAACAAUUUUAAUGCGGUAUUCAGCCGUAUCUCUACCAGAUUGCAGGAAUUGACAGUGUGCUCUGAAGACAACGCUGAUGUCCAUGAUAUUGAGUUAUUGCAGUACAUCAGUGUGGACUGUACUAAAUUAAAGCGGAUACUACAAGAGACGGUCUUUAAGUUCAAAACUCUCAAGAAAGCAGCACAGCUGGCAGUUAUCAAUAGUCUUGAAAAGGCAUUUUGGAACUGGGUGGAAAACUAUCCGGAUGAAUUUACUAAGCUAUACCAGACACCACAGACAGAUCUAUCAGAUUGUGCAGAGAAGCUGUUUGAUCUGGUGGAUGGAUUUGCUGAAAGCACGAAACGCAAAGCAGCUGUUUGGCCCUUGCAAAUUAUCCUCCUCGUCCUUUGUCCAGAAAUCAUCCAAGACAUUGCGAAGGACGUAGUAGAGGAAAACAAAAUAAACAAGAAACAAUUCUUGGACAACCUCAGGAAGGCGCUGGCGGGCCACAGCGGAAGUAGGCAGCUAACCGAAAGUGCCGCCAUCGCUUGUGUAAAAUUGUGCAAAGCGUCAACAUACAUCAGUUGGGAAGACAAUUCAGUCAUUUUUCUUCUAGUGCAGUCCAUGGUAGUAGAUCUCAAGAACCUGCUCUUCAAUCCUAGCAAGCCUUUCUCCAGAGGCAACCAGAACGCAGACAUAGAUCUCAUGAUCGACUGCUUAGUGUCCUGCUUCCGAAUCAACCCCCACAAUAAUCAACACUUCAAGACUUGCCUGGCACAGAAUUCCCCAUCCACGUUUCAUUAUGUGCUGGUAAAUUCACUCCACCGUAUAAUUACAAAUUCUGCACUAGACUGGUGGCCCAAGAUAGAUGCUGUCUAUUGUCACUCCGUGGAACUCCGCAGCAUGUUCAGCGAAACUCUCCAUAAAGCUUUACAGGGCUCUGGUGUGCAUACCCCAAUCCGUAUGACCCCGAGUCUUACAUUUAAAGAGAAAAUGACAAGCCUGAAGUUCAAAGAAAAACCUACAGAUGUUGAAACCAGAAGUUAUAAAGUUUUGUUGUUAUCUAUUGUAAAACUGAUCCAUGCUGACCCAAAACUCUUACUCUAUAAUCCAAAGAAACAGGGGCCUGACACACAAGGCAGCACAGCUGAGCUCAUAACAGGCCUUGUCCAGCUUGUUCCACAGGCCAGCAUGCCAGAAAUAGCACAAGAGGCCAUGGAGGCUUUGCUUGUGCUUCAUCAAUUAGACAGCAUUGACUUGUGGAAUCCUGAUGCACCCAUCGAAACAUUCUGGGAAAUCAGUUCACAGAUGCUAUUUUGUAUAUGCAAGAGACUAACGAGCAAUCAGAUUCUCAGCAGCACGGAAAUCCUCAAAUGGUUGCGAGAGAUUUUGAUCUGCAGGAACAAAUUUCUUCUGAAAAACAAACAAGCAGAUAGAAGUUCCUGCCCUUUUCUCUUCCUUUACGGGGUAGGAUGUGAUGUCUCAGGGGGUGGAGCUAAUCAAAUUUCUCUUGACCAUGAAGAGAUGAUGCGUUGUAUCCCGGGAGCUCCGCUCAGGAAGGGCAAAGGGAGUUUCUGCAUGGAAAGCACUGUCGGUUGCAGUGGGACACCAAUAUGUCGCCAAGCCCAAACCAAGUUGGAGGUUGCCUUGUAUAUGUCUCUCUGGAGCCCUGACAUCGAGGCAGUGCUUGUGGCAAUGUCCUGUUUCCGACAUCUCUGUGAGGAAGCAGAUAUCAGGUGUGGAGUAGAUGAGGUGUCAGUUCACAACUUCUUGCCCAACUAUAAUACCUUUAUGGAGUUUGCUUCUGUGAGCAAUAUGAUGUCUACAGGAAGAACAGCUCUUCAGAAGAGAGUGAUGGCCCUACUCAGGCGUAUCGAACAUCCAACAGCAGGUAACACUGAGGCUUGGGAAGAUACACAUUUUAAAUGGGAGGCGGCUACAAAAUUGAUUCUCAACUAUCCAAAGACUAAGAUGGAAGAUGGCCAGGUUGCUGAAAGUCUGCACAAGACGAUAGUCAAGAGGCGGAUGUCCCAUGUCAGCGGUGGAGGUUCCAUUGAUCUGUCAGACACAGACUCUUUGCAAGAGUGGAUCAACAUGACCGGCUUUCUAUGCGCCCUCGGUGGGGUGUGCUUGCAGUAUCGCGGCAACACACCCUUUCCAUCCUACAGUCCCCCCAUGGGCCCCGUGAGUGAGAGGAAAGGCUCCAUGAUCUCCAUGCUGUCGACUGACGGCAACACCGAGACUCCUGUGAGCAGGUUCAUGGAUCGCUUGUUGUCCCUGAUGGUCUGUACCCACGAGAAAGUGGGUCUGCAGAUACGGACUAACAUUAAGGACCUCAUAGGCCUGGAGCUGAGCCCCGCCCUUUAUCCAAUGCUUUUCAACAAAUUGAAGAAUAUCAUCAGCAAGUUCUUCGACUCACAAGGACAGGUCUUGCUAAAUGAUACCAAUACGCAGUUUGUGGAGCAGACCAUCGCGAUCAUGAAGAACCUGCUUGAUAACCACACUGAAGGCAGCUCGGAACACCUUGGGCAAGCCAGGAUUGAGACCAUGAUGCUGAAUCUAGUUAGGUACGUGCGUGUCCUCGGGAAUCUGGUGCAUGCAAUUCAGAUCAAAACCAAACUCUGUCAACUUGUGAAGGUAAUGAUGGAGAGGCGAGAUGAUCUGUCCUUCUGCCAAGAAAUGAAAUUCAGGAACAAGAUGGUGGAAUAUUUGACCGACUGGGUUAUGGGAACAUCCAACCAGGCUACAGAUGAGGAUGUGAAAUGUCUGACAAGAGACUUGGACCAGGCAAGCAUGGAAGCUGUUGUCUCUCUUCUGGCCGGGCUUCCACUUCAACCAGAAGAAGGAGAUGGAGUUGAAUUGAUGGAAGCUAAAUCCCAGUUAUUUCUCAAGUACUUCACCCUGUUUAUGAACCUCCUUAAUGACUGCAGUGAAGUGGAAGAUGAGAGUGCACAAACAGGCGGGCGGAAACGUGGGAUGUCUCGAAGGUUGGCUUCCUUGCGGCACUGCACCGUUCUGGCUAUGUCAAACUUGCUCAACGCAAACGUGGAUAGUGGCCUUAUGCACUCUAUAGGGUUAGGAUAUCACAAAGAUCUCCAGACGAGAGCUACGUUCAUGGAGGUCCUCACCAAAAUUCUGCAACAGGGCACUGAGUUCGACACCCUGGCGGAAACUGUGCUGGCGGAUCGGUUUGAGAGAUUGGUGGAGUUGGUCACCAUGAUGGGUGACCAGGGAGAAUUGCCCAUUGCUAUGGCCUUGGCAAACGUGGUGCCUUGUUCCCAGUGGGAUGAACUAGCUCGUGUCCUCGUCACCCUUUUUGACUCGAGGCACUUGCUUUACCAGCUGCUCUGGAACAUGUUUUCUAAAGAAGUGGAGCUGGCCGAUUCCAUGCAGACGCUCUUCAGGGGAAACAGUCUGGCUAGCAAAAUAAUGACUUUCUGCUUUAAGGUGUAUGGUGCAACCUACCUACAGAAGCUUUUGGAGCCUUUAUUAAGAACUGUAAUUACAUCCCCAGAAUGGCAGCCUGUGAGCUUCGAAGUGGACCCUACAAGGUUGGAAUCCAGUGAAAGCCUCGACAGUAACCAGCGGAGCCUUCUUCAGAUGACUGAGAAGUUCUUCCAUGCCAUCAUCAACUCUUCCACCGAGUUCCCACCCCAGCUGCGGAGUGUUUGCCACUGUCUCUAUCAGGCAACUUGCCACUCUCUCCUGAAUAAAGCUACCGUAAAAGAAAAAAAGGAAAACAAAAAAGCAGUGGUCAGCCAACGGUUUCCUCAGAAUAGCAUUGGAGCAGUUGGGAGCGCCAUGUUCUUGAGAUUCAUUAAUCCGGCUAUUGUGUCCCCGUAUGAGGCUGGCAUACUGGAUAAGAAGCCUCCGCCAAGAAUCGAAAGGGGUCUGAAGUUAAUGUCAAAGGUACUUCAGAGCAUCGCUAACCAUGUCUUGUUUACAAAGGAGGAACACAUGCGGCCUUUUAAUGACUUUGUGAAAAGCAACUUUGAUGCUGCAAGAAGGUUUUUCCUUGACAUUGCCUCAGAUUGUCCAGCUAGUGAUACAGUCAAUCACAGCCUCUCUUUCAUCAGUGAUGGCAAUGUGCUUGCACUACAUCGUUUGCUGUGGAACAAUCAAGAAAAGAUCGGGCAGUACCUUUCCAGCAACAGGGACCACAAGGCUGUUGGAAGGCGACCGUUUGACAAGAUGGCAACUUUGCUUGCAUACUUGGGUCCUCCUGAGCACAAGCCAGUGGCAGACACCCAGUGGUCCAGUAUAAACCUCACUAGCUCCAAGUUUGAAGAAUUUAUGACAAGGCACCAGGUACACGAGAAAGAAGAGUUCAAAGCCUUGAAAACCCUCAACAUUUUUUACCAAGCUGGGACGACAAAAGCUGGCAACCCUGUCUUCUAUUACAUUGCUCGCCGGUUUAAGACCGGCCAAAUCAAUGGUGAUCUGCUGAUAUAUCACGUUUUGCUGACGCUGAAGCCUUACUACGCCAAGCCAUACGAGAUCGUCGUGGACCUCACUCACGCCGGGCCCAGCAACCGUUUCAAAACAGACUUCCUGUCCAAGUGGUUUGUAGUUUUCCCGGGAUUCGCUUACGAAAACGUCUCUGCCGUCUUCAUCUACAACUGCAACUCGUGGGUGAGGGAAUACACCAAGUACCAUGAGCGGCUCCUGACGGGCCUGAAAGGCAGCAAGAGGCUCAUUUUCAUUGACUCGCCUGGGAAAUUAGCUGAGCACAUAGACCACGACCAGCAGAAACUUCCAGCGGCCACUUUGGCUUUGGAAGAAGACCUGAAGGUUUUCCACAAUGCCCUCAAACUGGCCCACAAAGACACCAAAGUUUCCAUUAAAGUUGGCUCCACAGCUGUCCAAGUGACUUCAGCUGAGCGCACCAGAGUCCUGGGCCAGACCGUGUUCCUGAAUGACAUUUACUACGCUUCGGAAAUAGAAGAAAUCUGCCUGGUGGAUGAGAACCAGUUCACCUUAACCAUUGCCAACCAAGGCACACCUCUGACUUUCAUGCACCAGGAGUGCGAAGCUAUUGUACAGUCCAUCAUUCAUAUACGGACACGAUGGGAAUUAUCCCAGCCCGACUCUAUACCGCAACAUACGAAAAUCCGUCCCAAGGAUGUGCCAGGAACCCUGCUGAACAUCGCACUGCUUAAUCUAGGGAGCUCGGACCCAAGUCUACGGUCUGCGGCCUAUAAUCUUCUCUGUGCCUUAACUUGUACUUUUAAUUUAAAGAUUGAAGGCCAAUUACUGGAAACGUCAGGUCUCUGUAUCCCUGCAAACAACACUCUUUUCAUUGUCUCCAUUAGUAAGACUCUGGCAGCUAACGAACCCCACCUUACCCUAGAGUUUUUGGAAGAAUGCAUUUCUGGAUUUAGCAAGUCUAGUAUUGAACUAAAACAUCUCUGCCUGGAAUAUAUGACCCCCUGGUUAUUGAAUCUGGUCCGCUUCUGCAAACAUAACGAUGAUGCUCGGCGCCAGCGAGUCACAGCGAUUCUUGAUAAGCUUAUAACAAUGACAAUAAAUGAGAAGCAGAUGUAUCCUUCCAUUCAAGCCAAGAUAUGGGGUAGUUUGGGACAGAUAACUGAUCUACUUGAUGUGGUGUUGGACAGUUUUAUCAAAACCAGUGCCACAGGAGGACUGGGGUCCAUCAAAGCAGAAGUCAUGGCAGAUACAGCUGUUGCUCUGGCUUCUGGAAACGUGAAGCUGGUUUCCAGCAAAGUAAUCGGACGGAUGUGCAAGAUAAUCGACAAGACCUGUCUCUCUCCAACGGCUACGUUAGAGCAGCACCUCAUGUGGGAUGACAUUGCCAUUCUAGCCCGUUACAUGCUGAUGCUGUCUUUUAACAACUCCCUCGAUGUGGCCGCACAUCUCCCCUACCUCUUCCACGUUGUUACUCUGUUGGUGGCCACCGGUCCUCUUUCUCUCAGAGCUUCCACCCACGGCCUGGUCAUCAACAUCAUUCAUUCUCUGUGCACUUGUUCACAACUUCACUUUAGUGAGGAAACGAAGCAGGUUUUGAGGCUGAGUUUAACGGAGUUCUCGCUUCCCAAAUUCUACUUGCUGUUUGGAAUUAGCAAAGUGAAAUCGGCAGCAGUCAUUGCAUUCCGAUCCAGCUAUCGGGACCGGUCAUUCUCUCCUGGGUCCUAUGAGAGAGAAACAUUCGCAUUGACAUCUCUGGAAACAGUCACAGAAGCAUUGCUGGAAAUUAUGGAGGCGUGCAUGAGAGAUAUCCCAACCUGCAAAUGGCUUGACCAGUGGACAGAACUAGCUCAGAAGUUUGCAUUCCAGUAUAAUCCCUCCCUCCAGCCAAGAGCCCUUGUGGUCUUCGGUUGCAUUAGCAAACGGGUGUCACAUGGACAGAUAAAACAAAUCAUCCGGAUUCUGAGCAAGGGUCUGGAGAGCUGCUUGAAAGGGCCGGACAACUACAACAGCCAAGUUCUGAUAGAGGCCACCGUCAUAGCCCUGACUAAGCUCCAGCCACUCCUCAAUAAGGACUCCCCUAUGCACAAGGUACUGUUUUGGGUGGCCAUGGCAGUUCUACAGCUGGACGAGGUCAAUCUGUAUUCCGCAGGGACGGCUUUACUUGAGCAGAACCUACACACUCUGGACAACCUCCGGGUGUUUAAUGAUAAAAGCCCCGAGGAAGUCUUCAUGGAGAUCAGGAGGCCUCUAGAGUGGCACUGUAAGCAGAUGGACCAUUUUGUGGGACUCAAUUUCAACUCCAACUUCAACUUUGCACUUGUGGGACAUCUGCUAAAAGGUUACCGGCAUCCAUCUCCGACCAUAGUAGCAAGAACAGUAAGGAUUCUGCACACACUCCUCGCUCUGGUUAACAAACAUAGGAACUGUGAUAAGUUUGAGGUGAAUACCCAGAGUGUGGCUUACCUUGCAGCUCUGCUAACCAUGUCCGAGGAAGUUAGGAGCCGAUGCAGCUUAAAGCAUAGGAAAUCGCUCCUCUUGACGGAUAUUUCAAUGGAAAACGUUCCUAUGGAGACAUAUCCCAUACACCACAAUGAAGCCAGUUGUAGGACACUAAGAGAAAACCAGCCCUGGUCUUCUCCCAAGAACUCUGACAGACAUCUUGCUGCUAGUUACCCAACUGUUGGGCAGAUCAGUCCCCGCACAAGGAAAUCCAUGAGCCUGGAUAUGGGACAGCCUUCUCAAGCCAACACUAAAAAGCUGCUAGGUUGGUUGGGUACCCGAAAAAGUUUUGACCACUUAGUGUCGGACACAAAAGCCCCUAAAAGACAAGAAAUUGAAUCCGGGAUCACCACACCUCCAAAAAUGAGGAGAGUAGCAGAAAAUGAUUAUGAAAUGGAAACACAAAGGAUAUCACCCCAACAGCAUCCCCAUCUCCGUAAAGUAUCUGUAUCCGAGUCUAAUGUCCUCCUAGAUGAGGAAGUCCUCACUGAUCCCAAAAUCCAAGCUCUGCUGCUGACUGUCCUUGCAACGUUAGUGAAGUACACAGCAGAUGAGUUUGACCAGCGAAUCCUGUACGAGUAUUUAGCAGAAGCCAGUGUGGUUUUCCCAAAGGUCUUUCCUGUUGUGCACAAUUUAUUGGACUUCAAGAUAAAUACUCUCUUAUCGCAAUGUCAGGAUCCAAAUUUAUUGAAUCCCAUUCAUGGGAUUGUUCAGAGUGUGGUUUACCAUGAAGAAUCUCCGCCGCAGUACCAGACGUCUUAUCUGCAGAGUUUUGGAUUUAACGGUUUGUGGAGGUUUGCAGGACCAUUUUCUAAGCAAAGUCAAAUACCCGACUAUGCUGAGCUGAUUGUGAAGUUCCUUGACGCCUUGAUCGAUACCUACUUGCCUGGAAUGGAUGAGGAAAUCAGUGAAGAGUCCCUUCUAACCCCAACAUCUCCUUACCCUCCUGCAGUGCAGAGCCAGCUCAGCAUCACUGCAAACCUGAACCUUUCAAAUUCCAUGACCUCACUUGCAACUUCCCAGCAUUCCCCAGGAAUCGACAAGGAGAACGUGGAACUGUCUCCAACAGCCGCACACGCCAACAGCGGAAGGACUCGCCAUGGCUCAGCUAGCCAAGUGCAGAAGCAACGGAGCACCGGCAGUUUCAAGCGCCACAGUGUUAAGAAGAUGAUGUGAAGCUUUUUCCUUUUUUAAAAAAACAAAAACCUGACUUAUUCCCUCUGGCCCCACUUCCCCAAAACAAUCAUGCCGCACUUAAAUUUGAUCCUCCCACCUCCUCACCCCUGUCCAACAUGGUGCCAGGCAAUUAACUUUUGAAACGGUUCUUGUACAUUUAUUUUGGAUUUUCACUUCGAUUUCAUACAGCUGCCUUUUUUUUUUUUUAAAGACUUGCUCCUCCUCUGAUCAUUUUCAAAACCAGUGAUUUCAAAGCUGACGAGUGGGACUACGUGAGGAACUGGAAAAAAAAUAAAAUGAAUUAUAGGCAGAAGUGAUGAUAAUUGUAUCCGAAGACACAGAAAUCAUGAUCAUCUUCCUUCGGAUAGCUUCAUAUAUUUUUUUCUUUUUGUAAAUUGAGGGAUUAUUUUGAUUUGGGGGGAGGUGUUUCUUUUUUUACAGCUUAUUUUGUGUCUACUUUUUAAAGUGUUAAUAUUCAAUCUUGUUUGCACACUAGUGAGAUUUUUUUGGGCCAAUAAACUUGCAUAGUGUAGAGUCCUCUUUAGCUGUGGACUUCCUUUUACUGGUCCUCUGAGCCCAGUUCUGAAGGUUGUAAGUUGUAAGGGGAACACAGUUUAGAUGGUCAAGAUAUACUCCUUUAUUUGAUCAUCUAGACCGGAGUUUCCUAACCAUGGCAAUUUCCAGGUGUGUGGACUUCAACACCCAGAAUUCUCUUCAAUGGCCCCGCUAGCUGUGGAAUUUGCCAUGGUUGAGAAAUACUGAGCUAGAUAUUUGAGGAGAUGGUGUAUCCCUUGAUGCUUCCAAAAAUAGCACCUUGUGCAAGAUUGAACAAACUCUUUGAGUUUUGUUAAACUUUCCAUCACUUUGUUUUUUAGAUUCCCUAGAGCCUAGACAAACUGUGCAUGGAUACCUGCAUGCACACACACACACUCAUACACACAUAUACACCCUUCUGGCUGACCUAAAUUAUGGUAAGUGCUUUUAUAGAACAUUUUUUGAUUGCUAUGCUGCAUACGCUUCACAGUAAAAUAGAAGUAAUAAACAGAGAAAAAUCGGUGGCCCAUAACCACCCCCCGGAAUUUUAUGGCGAAAAGAAGGUGGAAUAUCCUAGAUUUGCUGUCUUCUCUGACAUUUUGACACUUGCUUUCCACCAAGUACCACCAAGUUUGAGAAGCCUCAGCCGACAAAACAACAAAACAUACUAGCUUUACCAUGCCAACUUUGUCCAAAAAGGCUCCAUCUGUCUGAAUUUGGAAAGCCAUCACCUCUUGACUUUAAACAGGGAAAAAAAACCCCAGAAAUGAAUUAACUGUUGAAAGUUAUACUCCCACACCUCCACAAAUAACUAAACUACCCCUAAGGCCCCUGUAGUGAACUUUCAGUGCGGAUUUUCAGUAAGUGAAAUUCCACAGCUAAAUCUUUCAGAGAUGGUACAAUGAAGGUCCAGAUUUAUUACUGUCAGGUAGCAUGUUAUAUUAGCAAUUCAUUCAACGCGUAGUUGUGUUUUUGUAUAUAUAAAAAUAAUUGCUUUUAUUGUAUCAGUAUGGAGAAGAACUGUUUAAUCUUGUUACGUCAGGGGAGGUGGGCUGCGAAUACAGUGUCAGAUGCCAACUGUCUGCCAAACCAAGAAAAGUCACAAAGAAGUUGAUUGGGAAAGAGAGGAUUCCCUUGGUCCAUUGGAUCUGUAGCCGAAUUAAUUGAAGCACGAGUGGAGAAGAUGGAAGAGGAAGUUCCUUCAGGCUUUUUAAGUGAAGAUUUCUGUACUCCGAAGAGGCCCAGCAUUGUCCCAAGACUCAGGUUCUUUCCUGGUCUCUUUGUGAUGUAUGUUGUCGUGCCAAAUCCGAUUGUUUUGGAGAAGUUACACCUACUCUGCCAAAAUUGCUCCAUGUGCCACACAGAUGACAGAACCACAUGCCAAAAUCAGUGGUGUGGAAAGGUGGAAGCCAAGUGGAUUAUCACUGAGUGCCAAGAAACGUCGGUGAGUUGGGGAAGUUUCCCUGGCAGUCAAGGAAGGCUCUUCAAAAAAGGGCCCCAAAUCUUUUGGACUUCCGUCUGGUUACCUGCAUCCGUUCUGUAACCUGAACCACACCUGGAGAGGUGGAUCCAUCUAAAGCCGAACAUCUUAUUCCAAAGAAGCCUGUUUAUUCUAGACUGGCCUUUUCUGGAUGUAGGAGGGCUGCUGCUCCUAAAAUUUCCAGCCAAUGGGAUGUUUGGUCUUGCCUGGAAACUUUGGAAACCAGAUUGUACUUAUAUCAAUCAAUUAAAGGAGGCCAAAGUGUUUCACCUGUAGAAUGAGACAUGCUGGCGGUAUUAGGGAUUUCAAGAGAUGUAGUCCAAUAUCUUUAGAGCAGGGCUCUCCAAACCUGGCAACUUUUAAGACUAGUUGACUUCACCUCCCAGAAUCCUUUAGCUAGCCAUGCCAUGCUGGCUGAGGAAUUCUGGGAGUUGAAGUCCACAAGGGUUAAAAUUGCCAGGUUUGGAGAUCCCUGCUCUAAAAGCUGACGAAAGCUGAUAACAGUAGCCUCUAGGUUACUUAUUGACAUUGGGAUGAGUAAAUGUCCUACUCCAGAAGGAGUUGAGAAGAAGCCCUCUGCUUUGUAUCCUCCUCCUCCUCCUCUGCUAAUCCAAAAAUAAGAAUCUCCAGUCAAGUUAGCUUUUUUUGAGUUGCUGUAACUGGUUUCCUUUGCCGAGGGAACUUUUAAGAGGCAUAGAUUCAGACUAGUCGUAAGAACAUUUUAAAUUCCUUUUUAGAAUUAGUUUCAUUGCAGCAUCUUUGCAGUCCACUGUGACCACAGCUGGGAAGCUUUUCACCUGCAGGAGGAAAAAAAGUUUGAGCCUUUUCUGGGUAUUAGGGGACCUUCUGAAGUCUUGUGGGCUCAGCUUUACAAAGAAAAGGGGUGGUAGAGGGGUUUUGCGGGGAGGGACAGGCAUGGCCCAGGAAUAGCAGUAUGAAUGCACCCAGAUGUGCUCCCCAUGGCAUGUAACUAAGUCUCCCCUUAUUAGAAACCAUCAGGAUAGGUUCACACAUCAAAUCUGAGCUGAAGUAAGGCUGGAGAGUUUGUGGUUCAGAAACCCAGCCAUGCUGGAUGAGCUUGGACAACACUUUAAAGCAGGGGUGUCCAACUCUGGCAACUUUUUAAGACUUGUGGACUUCAGUUGCUGGCUGGGGAAUUCUGGGAAUUGAAGCCCACAAGUCUUAAAGUUGCUGAGGUUGGACACCCCUGCUUUGAAACCACAGCUAGUCCUCAACGUAUGACCACAACUGAGCCCAACAUUUCUCUUAAGUGAGACAUUUGUUAAAGUUUUGCUCCUUUUUAUGACCUUUCUUGCCCCUGUUGUUAAGUGAAUCACUACAGUUGAUAAACUAGUAGCCCGGUUGUUAAGUGAAUCUGGCUUCCCCAUUGAUUUUACUUGUGAGAAGGUCGUAAAAGGUGAUCACAUAACCUUGUGACCUAGCAGCGGUCAUAAAUAUGAACCAGUUGCCAAACCUUGGAAUUUUGAUCACAUGAUGAUGGGGAUGCUACAAAGGUCAUAACUCUGAAAAACGGUCGCAAGUCACAUUUUACAGGGCCAUUGUAACUUUGAACGGUCACUAAACAAACUGUUGUAAGUCGAGGACUACCUGUGUACGUAUUUGUUUGAGCCUGUUUAUGGAAACACAGCCAGCCAACCAUGUUUUCUUAAUUUGGGUUUAGGAUUGAGCGCGUUGUAGGAAGACAGUCCAAAGUGUGACUUGUUUCAGCCUGACCAUUUCUCUGAGCCGAGACAGAGAACUUGGGGUCCCAGUCUCUCUCUUCCUUUCCAAAAUGCUGCAAGACUUUUGGGUAUGGUAAAGUUAACCCAGGUUGGGAUAAAAUCAGUGGUGGGAUUCAGCCAGUUCGCACCACUUCGGGAGAACCGGUUGUUAACUUUCUGAGCAGUUCGGUGAAUUGGUUAUUGGAAGAAAUAAUUAGGGCAGAGAACCGGUUGUUAAAUUAUUUGAAUCCCACCACUGGAUAAAAUGUAUGAUCCUCUCCAGUGUAGAUUUGAAAUAAGACUGAUAGAAAAAUUGUGCCUAAGAUAGCUUGGACGACACAAAAACUGAACGACUUGAGAGCCCCUGAGAUCACAAUUGGCAGUUUUAGAAGAUGUCAACCUAAAUUAGCCUCCCUACGUUGCCCUCUCAAUCAGCCUGGAAAUGCUUGUUCCCUCCACCAGGGGGCAGAAGCGGUGCACCCUCCUAUUUUAAAACAACCCCUUCUGGCUAAGUUGCUCAGUGCCUUAACUGUUUGCUUCCUUUCAUUUUGGGAGGGGGAGCAUCCUCUCCACUGUGUUUCCCCACCCACCCAUCCUGGCUGAAGCCCUUUCCCCCCAUUUUUUCUUGUCUUCUCCCCUCUUGGUAUCGGCCACACCGGACGGUAGACCCUCAAAUGCCCCCUUGCUUUAAAACAGGGGUGUCCAUCCAACCUUGGCAACCUUAAGACCUGUGAACUUCAACUCCCAAAAUUCGUCAGCCAGCUGUUCUGGAUGAGGGAUUCUGGGAGUUGAGGUCCACAAAUCUUAAAAAGUUGGCGAAGUCGGACAUGCCUGCUUUAAAAGUUUCCUUUUCCUUUUUUUAACUUGGAGGAGGCAUUUGGAGGGGGGGGGACCCGAGAUACUUCAGCCAAUCAAAAUUGCCUCCAAAAAUAUGACAACAAGUGUAGGAGAGGGGAAAAGUGUGUGUCCCUUGCCGAGCGGGUAGUUGCCUGGUGAGUAUCCAUGUGCCUUCUCUUUUUAAAGGAUAGAUCCAUGAAACAAAGCGUUCCUGCGUAACUUGCUGGAGAGUAGAGUGAUUUCCUGUCUGUGCAAAGCCUAGUGUGAAUUUGCACUUCUCAACCAGCAUGUCUCAACUUCUGGUUAUCAGCAGGUGUUGGCAGAGGGCUAGAAACUUGACUGUAUUACAACUGACCAAUCCCAGUGGGAUUUCAGUAUCAUGAAAACCUAGUUUUGUCCUGCGGUGUAGAACUGACAGAACUUCAAGGGGGAAGGGGGAGUUAAAUUUUGACACUCCUUGUUAAAGCAUCGUUUCCGAGUGGGCUUUGGAAGUACUGUAAAUAUUUAGCAGGUUGCAGGGAUUUUGUUUUGUGUGUUUUUCUGCCUUCCUUGAUUUUGAAUUUCAGACAUGAUGCAAUUUUUUUUUUUGAACGUGUGCCUGUGUGCAUAAAAAUUCCUUUAAAACCAUCUGUGCUUUCCAACUCGGAUGUGCAUCCUUUUCUUUUCCAUAAGCAGGGAACAUUUGAACUCCCACGUGCUACAGGAUGGAAUAUUUGAGGAUACGGCUGGUGCUCUUCUCUGGAUCUGUUUGUGGGGGAUUAGAGACAUUCUCGCCCUACCAUACCCCAACAUCGUUUCUGCUUUAAUUUUGCCUCCCCCCCCCCCAUGAAGCACGUCUUAAUGUUAUGCAACAGACUUUAACAGAACUCACUUUUUUGCAUUUGCCACAUCCUUUUUUUAAUGCCGUAUAUUCACCCUGUAAAUAUUUUUGUGUAAAAUUUGACAGAAAAAAAAAGUAUAUUUACUAUACUGUAAAUACAUGUGACAAUAUAUUGUAUUAUUUUGCUUUUUGUAAAGCAGUUAGUUGCUGUACAUGUAUAACAUAACAAGAUUUGAUGAUCUUUAGUGUUUAGUAACGGUUAAUGUACGACCUUCCUCCUUUCCCACUGUUGCAUUCUGUCAUUUAAAGGAAGCAAUGCUGUGUACUAUAAACUUAACACCAUGUAUUAUAAACCUUACUACUUCCCAUUCCAA